GCUCUCACAAUGUGGGUUCAUUUGCUGAACAGUUGGGAUAAGGCCUUGGAGCACUGUGCUCGGACUCAGAAAAAAGUUGAGCAACAGUACGUCGCUAAAGUUUUGGGGAAAAAUCUGAAGGUGAAACAGGAAGAAACCAACCUGUACGAGACAUACACAAUGCUUGUUGACGUCUGCCUCAAUCCCCUUGAACCCAUCGCACUUGGCAUUGUUCUAUCCAAUGGUAUCUACGAUGCAGAGUCCUCUAAUUCUGGCCAGAGUGAGCUUGAUUUGCGUUUCCAGCCGCGAAUGGAUCUCGCUCUUGCCGUUAUGCGCCAGUUUAGUGAGUUGAUUGAUGUCACCAAGGUUCUCCACAUAAUUCCCGACGAAACAAAUCUUAAAUCACUUUCCUCCUUCCUUGAGUCGGCUCUCAGGCAUCAGGCAAGUCUGUGGACGCGUCUGGUGUUUUUUACGAACGCAGUGCACCGAGAAAGUGUGCAAUCGCACAGCGCCUGCGUUGCGACCACUGCUGCUCAAAUGUUCAAGGUGACCACAUUGAGUCGGUGUCGCCAGUGUGGACGGCGAAUCGGUAAUGCUGCCUUUGUGCGUUACCCGGACUCCGGUGACCUUGUGCACUAUGGGUGCUGUCGCGAACUCCCUGUAGAUUCUGACUCUCCUACGUUGCAACAUUAG